AUGGUAGAUGCACUUAGCAGUACAGAGGCCCCUGUUACAACUCGCAAUGGCGUUGAGUAUAUCAAGACUACUCAGCCAGAAGACGUAAUCACGAACGAGCCUGCUGGCGAUGAAGAAUCCUUCAGGGGCUGCCUCAACAAUGUCGUUAACAUUGGUGCCAAAAUUGACAGUACUGUGCUUCAGGUCGGAAGCCCCUUUUUGGGCCCCAUUGGUGCACCUGAUGUGGCUGUUGUAGGUACAUCCCUUUCAGUCAUUGGUAAGCUUACAUCGAGCAACACCGAGGUUGCUUUUGAUGACAUGAUUGGCCACCCUGCCCCCACCACGGCUGGUUACAAGUAUCACGCCAGUCGCGCAAUCCUGGGGGAAGCUGCCCUCCAAACCUUUCUCAAGAUGGGCCCGAGACAAGCUCACCAGUACGACAUGAUUCCCAAGAUGCAGGAACGCUACAAAGAAGCCCGCCACCUUGUGCCAAACGUCUCUAAGCUUAUCGCACCUGCCUAA